CCACAUUGGCGGUGUCCUGCGCGGUGGGAGCGCACGCAGCGGAUCGCCAUCAGUCAUUCAGCACCUUGACACCGCCCGUGAUUGACAGCCGGAGUGGCAAAAAGCCAUGGGAGCCGGGAGCGGGGCGUGAGGGGCACCGCGCGCCUCGGGAACGGAUAUUUGCGUUCGCCCCGCCGCUGUCUUGGAAACGAGAGGGGGAGAGAGGGAGAGAGGGAGAGAGGCGGGCAGGGAGGAAGGAGAGAAAGAAAGAGAGGAAAAAAGAAGGAAGGAGGCAGAGCUGAUUUUUUUUUUUUUUGGUAAUUUUUGAAUUUUUUUUCAUCAUUAUUAUCAUUAUUAUUAUUAUUAUUUUUCCUCCUCUUUUUUUUUUUUUUCCUUCUUCUUCUUCUUCUUCUUUUUUUUUUUUUUUUUUUUUUUUUUUUUAAUGCUGAGUUACCGCACCGCUCCGCUGAGCCCCGGCGAGCCGAAGACGUCCCCCGGCGGCUUUCCUGGCUGGCGACGCUGAGGGAUUUUUGCAUUUUUGGGGAGAGGGGGGGACCGCGCGGCUCUUUCCUUUCACGCUGGCCUCACGGAGGAUUUAUUAGAAGUUGAAGUAGAAAGGGAGCGAGCAGGCCGAUGGCGCAAAGGUACGACGAGCUGCCCCACUACGGCGGCAUGGAGGGGGUGGGCAUCCCCACCACCAUGUACGGGGACCCGCACGGCGCCCGCCCCAUGCAGCCCGUGCACCACCUGAACCACGGGCCGCCGCUCCACUCGCACCAGUACCCGCACGCCGCCCACGCCAACGCCAUGCCCCCCGCCAUGGGCGCCUCGGUCAACGAUGCCCUCAAGAGAGAUAAAGAUGCCAUCUACGGACACCCCCUGUUCCCUCUUUUAGCACUGAUUUUUGAGAAAUGUGAAUUAGCCACAUGCACGCCCAGGGAGCCCGGGGUAGCGGGAGGCGAUGUUUGCUCCUCCGAGUCUUUCAAUGAAGACAUAGCAGUGUUCGCCAAACAGAUCCGAGCAGAGAAACCCCUCUUUUCCUCUAAUCCCGAACUGGAUAACUUGAUGAUCCAAGCCAUACAAGUAUUAAGGUUUCAUCUGUUGGAAUUAGAGAAGGUACACGAAUUAUGUGACAAUUUCUGCCACCGGUAUAUUAGCUGUUUGAAAGGAAAAAUGCCUAUCGAUUUGGUCAUAGACGAUAGAGAGGGCGGAUCAAAAUCGGACAGCGAGGACAUAACGCGGUCGGCAAACCUCACCGAUCAGCCCUCCUGGAACAGAGACCACGACGACACGGCAUCAACGCGCUCCGGGGGAACCCCCGGGCCCUCCAGUGGGGGACACACAUCACACAGUGGGGACAACAGCAGUGAGCAAGGUGACGGCUUGGACAACAGUGUAGCUUCCCCCAGCACAGGUGAUGAUGAUGAUCCAGAUAAGGACAAAAAGCGACAUAAAAAGCGUGGCAUCUUUCCCAAAGUAGCCACAAAUAUCAUGAGGGCAUGGCUGUUCCAGCAUCUAACACACCCUUACCCUUCAGAAGAACAGAAAAAGCAGUUGGCACAAGACACAGGGCUCACUAUACUUCAAGUGAACAAUUGGUUUAUUAAUGCUAGAAGAAGAAUAGUUCAGCCCAUGAUAGACCAGUCCAAUCGAGCAGUAAGCCAAGGGACGCCCUACAACCCCGACGGGCAGCCAAUGGGAGGCUUCGUGAUGGAUGGCCAGCAGCACAUGGGCAUCCGAGCGCCAGGGCUGCAAAGUGUGCCAGGGGAUUAUGUGUCUCGGGGUAGUCCAAUGGGUAUGAACAUGGGACAGCCAAGCUAUACCCCGCCCCAGAUGCCCCCCCAUCCCGCUCAGCUGCGUCACGGCCCCCCCAUGCAUACCUACAUUCCUGGACACCCUCACCACCCAGCGAUGAUGAUGCAUGGAGGACCACCCCACCCCGGAAUGCCCAUGUCAGCAUCCAGCCCCACAAUGCUUCAUCCCGGCGAGCCGGCGGCGAGCGGACAAGUGAUGGACAUUCAUGCUCAGUAGCUUAAGGGAACGAAUGCGCGCUGUCCGCAGAGAUGGCAGAUUUCAAACAUUGUCUUUCUGCAAUGACUAUGGAGUUCCAUUCUUGGCGUCGACUUUGGACCAAGGGACGUUCCUAUUCGUCACAGGGACCCUGACAAGCAGGAAAACACCGACUGAAGUCAACUUCUGGGGACAUGCUAAAUACCUAUAUAAGACAUUAAGAGAACAAAGAGUGAAAUAUUGUAAAAUGCUAUUAUACUGUUAUCCAUAUUACGUUGUUUCUUAUAGAUUUUUUAAAAAAAAAUGUGAAAUUUUUCCACACUAUGUGUGUUGUUUCCAUAGCUCUUCACUUCCUCCAGAAGCCUCCUUACAUUGAAAAGAAGCCUUACACUCAUCCUGCAAAUGACAGAAAGGGCUUAUUUGCAGGAUUUUUAGAGCAUUAAAAUAACUAUGUCAGGCAGAAGAAUCUUUCUUCUAUCCUAGGAUUUCAGCCAUGCACACUCUCUCUCUCUCCUCCUCCUCUCUCUCCCCCUUUCUUCCCUUUCUCUCCCUUUCUCUCCGUCUCUCUCUCUCUCUUUCUAGCCCGGGGCGUGAAUUUGCAUGUCUAAUUCAUUUACUCACCAUAUUUGAAUUGGCCUGAACAGAUGUAAAUCGGGAAGGAUGGGAAAAACUGCAGUCAUCAACAAUGAUUAAUCAGCUGUUGCAGGCAGUGUCUUAAGGAGACUGGUAGGAGGAAGCAUGGAAACGGAAAGGCAGUGUAUCUGAAGCCUAAUUGUCACAUCAGAGCAUCGUUGUCCCCAUGCAGCAACCACCACCUUGUACAUCACUUCCUGUUUUAUGCAGCUCGAAACAUGGACUGAAGAUUUAUUUUUAAUAUGUUGACUUUCUUUCUGGGCAAAGCAUCAGUCAUGUGUGCAUUUUUCCAUAGUCCCAUCAUGGAGCAUUUAUGUAUACAUUGUAAAUAAAUUUUGUGCAAAAAGGACUGGAAAAAUGAUCUGUAUUAUUGCAAUUUUUUUGUAAAAGUAGCAGUUUGGUAUGAGUUGGCAUGCAUACAGAUUUACUAAGUGGGAUAAGCUAAUUAUACUUUUGUUGUGGUUAAACAAAUGCUUGUUGAUAGCCUUUUUCUAUCAAGAAACCAAGGAGCUAAUUAUUAUUAAUAAUAAUCAUUGCACACUGAGUCUUAGAGUUUCUGAUUGAAACAGUUUGGAUUGUAUAAUAACUCAAAGCCCAGUUGUAGUAGUUUGAGUGCAGUAAUGAAAUCUGAAUCUAAAAUAAAAACAAAUUAUUUUUUGUCA